AUGGAGGCGGCCCCUGGAGGGUCCCCGGCCCCAGCGGUGGAGGCUCCCGCGCCCCAGCCCGAGGCGCAGACCCUGGAGCCCCGCUCGGACAGAAGAGCUGGUCGCCUCUCAUUCUGUACGAAGGUUUGCUAUGGCAUUGGCGGGGUCCCCAGUCAGGUGGCCUCCAGCGCCACGGCCUUUUACCUGCAGCUCUUCCUGCUAGAUGUGGCACAGAUCCCUGCUGCCCAGGUGUCACUUGUCCUGUUUGGAGGGAGGGUGUCGGGGGCAGCUGCUGACCCCGUGGCUGGGUUCUUCAUCAGCAGAAGCAGGAGGACAGGGUCUGGACGACUCAUGCCCUGGGUGCUGGGCUGCAUGCCCUUCACGGCCUUGGCUUACUUCUUCCUGUGGUACCUGCCCCCCUUCACCAACCUCCGAGGCCUUUGGUACAUGACCUUCUACUGCCUCUUCCAGGCUCUGUCCACGGUAAGCCGGGGCGCCUUCCCGGGCCUGGGCCCCUGGAACCCCACUGCUGGCACGUGGUCACUCCCGCAUCGCACUGUAACUUGUGCUCAUGGAUCUGUCUUCUUCCCACACUCCAAGCUCCUCACUGUGGAUGCUCAGGGGUCCCUCUGCUCCCAUUGGGAGGCGCCCUGCCCCUGGGUGUCCUCCCCUCCGUGGGUGGGAGACAUCACCCCACCCCAGUUCUGUCCUGUUCCACAGACGUGUCUCUACUCCAUUGCAGCCGCCGCGGUUGCUGUGACUUACCCCGUGUGUGGUGGUUUGCUCUGCUUGGGGGUGAAGGAGCGGCCAGACCCCUCUGCCCCAGCCUCCAGCCAGGGCAUGAGCUUCCUGGCUGGGCUGGGCCUCACGGUCCGGCACCCGCCCUACCUGAAGCUGGUGAUCUCCUUCCUGUUCAUCUCAGCAGCCGUCCAGGUGGAGCAGAGCUACCUGGUCCUGUUCUGUACACACGCCUCCCAGCUACAUGACCACGUCCAGAGCCUGGUGCUAACCAUCCUGGUCUCAGCUGUACUGAGCACCCCGCUGUGGGAGUGGGUUCUGCAGCGAUUUGGGAAGAGGAUGUCGGCCUUCGGGAUCUGUGUGAUGGUGCCUUUUGCAAUCCUGUUGGCUGCUGUGCCCACAGCCCCCGUGGCAUACGUCGUGGCCUUUGUGUCUGGCGUGAGCAUUGCUCUGUCCUUGCUGCUACCCUGGUCCAUGCUCCCAGACGUGGUGGAUGAUUUCCAGCUGCAGCACCACCACGGCCCCGGCAUAGAGACCAUCUUCUACUCGUCCUACGUCUUCUUCACUAAGCUCUCGGGCGCAGGGGCCCUGGGCAUCUCCACGCUCAGUCUUGAGUUUGCGGGGUAUGAGGCAGGAGCCUGCAAGCAAGCAGAGCAGGUGGUGGUGACCCUCAAGGUCCUCAUCGGUGCUGUGCCCACCUGCAUGAUCCUCACCGGUCUUUGCAUCCUCAUGGUCGGCCCCGGUCCAAAGGUGCCAAGCCAGGACUCCUCUCACCAGCUGAGCCUUCGAAGGAGGACCAGCUACAGCCUCGCUGCAAGUUAAAGCUUUGUGAGCCUAAGAGCAGGAGCCGCACCGUCUGGGCUCGAAGUCCCUGUCUCUUCUCCGCCGUUUAGAACCCCCACUUCGCAGCGUGCACGUGACCUUUUCCCUGGGCUGUGGAGCCUUCAGUGACCUCUCCAGAAGGGACUGGCCUGGGGUCCAGCUGUCUUUUCUUACCUGUUGACCACAGACCACUUCAGAUAAACCUGUGCCCCUGACUACCCGGCUCCAGGUGACAUUUGACCUUGAAAGCAUCCCAAUAGCAGUUUGCCCUGAAAAAAAGAAGCCUCGGCCAGCCUGGCCUGCAGACUCCCCAACAACCUGCUGACCUGACAGGACAGACACACAGACAGACUCUUUGUUCUUCCUGAUGCCCCAGUGGACAUCUGAGAGAGAGACUGACAGACGUGACAUGAACGGGCAGAGUGGGGACAGCUGGGCAGGCUGGGGAUGUUGUUAGGACAGACAGAUGCAGGGGGGCCAGCAGACCCCGGGGGAGCGAAGGGGACAGCAGUGGGGAUGAGAAGGUGGAGCGGGGCACGGGGUGUUCUCAAGCCUUUCUGUCAGGCUGAUGACUGUUCCCAGAGGCCGGCACAGACUGUCCAGCCACAGAGAUGGAUCAUGUUCAUGAACAGUCGUUAUUUUUGUGGGAAUAUUCUUUUCUGAACUUUUAUAAAAAGUACAGGAACCACCAUUUUCUAGAAGCCGUAUCUUUGGAAAAGAUCCACUGAGGUUUAUUUUUUUCAAAAAACAAAAAACCGCAUGACAGGGUUUGUCUUCUACCGAGUCAGUCAAGUGUGAUGGUGGGCAGCCCUCCAUCAUCCCUCGGCCCGGGGGCUAGGCUCCCUUCCUUCCCCUUCGGGCCUUUGGGGCCUCUUAGGUGAGAGACCCGUAGGCUGCCAGAACUGACUCACACACAGAUGCUCGUCCGAGCUCGGUUUAAGCCUCUGGCUUCCUCCACAGAGAGGGAGCGGACCGCCCAGUGAGAGCGCAGAAUGGUAAAAGAAUU